UCGGGCUAGGUCAAGAAACAAUUAGUCUAAAAUUUUGAGUGGAGAAAUAAUUAACAUUUUGGAAAUCCACUUUAUUAGCAAGACUAAAUAAAAGGUCGGCAAAACUGGUGUGGGUGGGGGCAGGAAGAUUGAACACCCAACCCAACCACGUUGUGUCGGUGGCGAGUCUCUUCACCAUUUCCCUCUUUAAUCCCUUUUCACUCUGCAAGCCUUAGCAUUCAUUUGUUCCCUCCGAUGGAUUCCCAAACCGUCAAAAAAACCCCAAAACCUUCCAAUUUCGUCAAGUCCACUCUCCAUUCCAUCAAGAUCCACUUCUCCUCCCACCCCCGUUUCUGGCUCUUCAUCGCCUUCCUUUGGGCCCAAGCCCUAAUCAUCUCCAUCGCCCGCACUCCUCCCCUCUGCUUCCCCGACCGCUCCUCCUCCCCCUCCCCCUCCCUCCGCUACGUCCCGAUUCACUCCAAUACCACCCCCGCCGCCGCCCUCCCGGAGCCUCCUCCCGCCCUAUACACCGACGAUUGCCCCUCCGGCCGCGUCUUCUCCUACGACCUCCCCCCCUCCUUCCAUCGCGACCUCGUCGUCCCCAAUUGCACCGAUCUCGACUUCUGGAAUUGGGAAUGCGGCAUCAUCUCCAACCACGGCUACGGCCGCGCCGCCUCCGAGCUCCGCCGCACCCUCCCCGCCGAUCUCCACAAAUCCUGGUACCACACCAAUCAAUUCUCCCUGGAGCUCCUCUUCCACCACCGCAUCCUCAAGCACAAUUGCCGAACCUUAGAUCCGGAUCUCGCCACCGCCUUCUACAUCCCCUUCUACGCCGGCCUCGCCGUCGGAAAGCACCUAUGGGAUAACGACACGUCAGCCAAAGAUCGUCAUUGUAAAAUGAUGCUGACGUGGGUUAAAUCGCAGCCCUACUGGAAAAAAAUGAACGGCUCCGAUCACUUCAUGACCAUCUCCCGAAUCACUUGGGAUUUCCGCCGUUUGACCGAUCCUGGCAAAUCCUGGGGCUCCAGCUUCCUCAACAUGCCUUCGAUGCAGAAAGUGAUCCGAUUCAUCGUCGAGAAGUAUCCCGGCGACGACAUGGACCUCAGCGUGCCCUAUCCCACCGGAUUUCACCCCAAAACAACGGAGAGUUUGAUCCAAUGGCAGGGUUUCGUGCGCGAUUACAAUCGCAAGAAGCUCUUCUCCUUCAUCGCAACCGACGAUAAAAAUUGGGGGAAAAACGACCUCCGCCGUCUCAUGUCGGAUUACUGCCGCCGCGAAUCGAGCUCCUGCGUCGCCGUGGACUGCGGCGUGAGCGAUUGCACGAAGAAUUCGUCUGCAACGCUGAUUCCGCUUCUGGAAUCGGAAUUCUGCCUGCAGCCGAAGGGGGAGAGCUACACGAGCAAGGCAGUUUUCGAGUGCAUGGUGGCUGGCUCGGUCCCGGUUUUCUUCGUGAAGACGUCGUACGAGCAGUAUGAGUGGUUCUUGCCGGGGGAGCCGGACAGUUACUCGGUUUUUAUAGAGGAGGAGGAGGUGAGGAACGGGACGGUAGCAGUGAAGGAGGUGCUGCAGAGGUUUAGCAAGGAGGAGAUUCAGAGGAAGAGGGAGAGAGUGAUCGAGACGAUUCCGAGGAUCAUCUAUUUGAAACCAAAUGCAGGGAUCAAGAGCUUUAAGGAUGCUUUUGAUAUUGCUUUUGAUGGGGCUAUGGAGAGGAUUAAAGAGGAAAAGGAAUGGGCUGAUUUCUUACGCUGAAGCAAGGGAUUGGAGAGAUGAGUUUCCUUUUUGUUUUGUUUUGUUUUGUUUUGUUUUGUUUUGUUUUCUUGUGUUUAUGAAGAUGAGUUUGGUGAUUGAUUAGGGAGAGUAACAGAAAUGUGUACAAUGUAAUGUGAUAGAUUUUUUUGGGGGAUGUUGGGGGAGGGCUGGAGCAGCAGCCCCCUCAAACACAAGCUGAGAUUGCUUAUUAGUAGUGUCUGUUUAUUGCAUGGAUUCAAUAUAAAAUUUGGCCACUUGCACAA